UUUUUCUCUCACUUCUUUUUAUAUUUUUCAUCAUAUGAGUCUUUUUCGUAAAAAUGAUCCUUCUUUAAGGAUAAAUACACACUAUGAACAUGAAUUACCUUCCCCUCCUCGGUCCUCUUCCAGUUCAUCCCGUGUACGUCAACGACUAUCCAAUCUGUUUCGUUCAUCAUCACCCGUUGUCUCUUUGAAAUCCCCAUUUAGUAAGCGCGAUAGUAUCGCUGAACAACCCACCUUGGCAUUCUAUCACCCUAAUCCAUCCACCCUCUCUUCUGCUUCCUCUGCUUCAGACACAUCUGAUCAUAUGCCUGCUUCCCCUUCUGAUUAUCACGAGCCAGUUUGGGAGAAACAAGAAAUAAUGCAACCCCUUUCACUCGCUGAUCAAGUCCAUCGUAUCUUGGGUUCAACACUGGCAGAAGUAGAUGAAGAAAUCGAUCAAGAUUGGGAACAAAGCAGAGCACAGCUACGUCAAUCAUUGGUUCUGCACAACACAACGUGUGAACGAAUCACACUUCGUUUUUAAAUCAUAUACCGACCUUGUUACACAGUCCCUUAUAUAUUUUCUGUAUAGAAUACCAUUUUACUACUAUUACCAAUAUCUAAUAAAUGCUUACAUUGUUAUUAUUAUC